AUUACGAACCAUGAGGGUCCAUACUCUGGGGUCUUACCCACAAGAGAACAACCAACCUCAGCUUCUGUUGGGAAUGUAUGACGGAACCUCAAGCACCAAGAAACCCUUAUUCUUACCGACCGUGACAGCUUACAACUUCACUUAUUGAUAUGCCCAGAGUGUCGUUGCGAGUGUAUGCGUACAGCCGUAUGAUAGUUGUUUGAUAGCAGCACCGAUGGCCAAGAAGGUGCGCCAGCGGAUUAGCUAUGUUUUACCGCUUGCGAAUUCGCCAGGCGGUCAUAGGCUAGGCGUGAAUGGACUCGCUGUUGACGGCGAGAACUCGAUACUAUACUCGGGAGGUCGCGAUGGAGCCAUUUGCGCAUGGGACUUGGAUCUCAACCUCAAACCCAGCAACGGCCUUGAGGACCCAUUCGAAUCCCCGGAGGAUCCCAAGGAGGACAAGAGCUCCAAACGCACGCCGAAGACGACUUUCCGAGCUCAGACACAGGCCCAUACGCAUUGGGUGAACGAUAUUGUGCUCGCGCAAAACAACACAGCGUUGGUUUCAGCCUCGUCGGAUCUUACGGUGCGGGUAUGGCGACCAUUGACAAACGACUCGGAGGCUCCGCAGACAAUCGGACAGCACACAGACUAUGUUAAAUGUCUAGCGACGCCGAACAGCCAGGCCGAUUGGGUUGCGUCUGGGGGAUUGGAUCGAAAGAUCUGCCUCUGGGACCUGAAUGGAGCUGGAAAGAAGCUGGAGAUUGAGAUCAGUGGCGAAGAGAAGAGCGAGAAAGGCUCCGUCUAUGCUCUCAGUGUCAGCCGCAGCAUGCUUGCCAGCGGAGGGCCCGAAAGCAUAGUGCGCCUCUGGGAUCCAAGAAGCGGGCAGCGAAUAACGAAAUUCGUGGGACACACGGACAAUGUCCGGUCAAUCCUGAUUAACGAGAGCGGCGACACGAUCAUGACCGCCAGUUCGGAUCAGACAGUGAAAGUAUGGAGUGUGACUGCUGGCAGAUGCAUGCAUACCCUCACGAUGCACAAUGACAGUGUGUGGACGCUAUUUUCCGACGAUCCCGAGUUGGGAACCUUUUAUUCUGCUGAUCGUUCUGGCCUCAUCGUUAAGACGGACGUGAGAAACACAAACGGCGAGAUGGACGAUGGUAUCUCGCUGGCUGUAGCGCAGGAGACUGAAGGUGUGAACAAGGUUAUUGCUUACGGAGACCACAUCUGGACUGCUACUGCUAGUUCAUCUAUCAAUAGAUGGGCCAAUGUGGAUACUGGGGAUAGCAUCCAGUUGCCCGAAGUAUUCAAACACCGCCGGACAUCGAGCGCCGCGUCAAGGCAGAAACCUGCGUCACCACCAACCGCAACUUCCACGGACAAAAAGGAGAUCCCAGUUAGAUCGAUACUCCGAAUUUCGAACACAGCAAGUUUCCCUGCUGCUGCUGCUGCUAGAGAUGGAGAUGCUAUGACCACAUCCAUUGCGAGCCUCAAGCAAGAUGCAGACCUCUUGGACCCAGAUAUUGUUCUGAUAGAGCCGAUCCAUGGAUUACCUGCCGAAACGAUCGAAGGCCAGCAUGGGUUGGUGAAACACAAGUUGAUGAACGACAGGCGAAGAGUUCUAACAUUGGAUACCGCGGGAGAUGUACUCCUAUGGGACCUUCUUCAAUGCGUCCCAAUACAAUCUUUUGGGAAGAGACAUCUAGAAGAUGUAGAGCCUGAAGUGAACACCAAUGAAGCGAUUGCACCUUGGUGCUCUAUUGAUACUAGAACGGGCCGGUUGGCGGUUGUACUGGAAGAGUACAAUUGCUUUGAUGCGGAGAUGUACGCCGAUGAGAUACAGACGGACGAACCAAUCUCCCACCGUGAUGAUCAACGCAUAAAUCUGGGCAAAUGGGUUUUGAGGCAUAUAUUUUCUAGGCUCAUCGAUGAAGUUAUAAGGAGGGACGAAGACCUCCGCAAAGAACUGACCGCAAAAGCCAAAGCAUCCAGGCCGCGAGACCCACCACCAACGGGAUUGCAGAUCCCAACCGGUAACCCCUUUUCUUCUGGGGAUAGCGACGUCUCGACGCCACGUGGAAACGGCCACCAUGUUCAGGGGACCCCUAACUUGGGAAUCGUUGUUGCAACACCUCUCCUGGCACCGAAUAGCCUACCUGCAGUGUCUGAAGACGGAUCGAAACUGGAGAAACUGCAGUCUCAAAUAAGCCAUAGUUCGGCCGAUAAAACUGGCGAUUACUUUACAAGUGCCCCGUUGGCAUCGUCCGAGACUAAACCCGCAGCGACACCAAACGAUACGCAGGAAGCGGGUAAAGCUACUCCCGACCCAGAGAAGCAAACCAAUGGGAAGGAGGCUGGAUCAAAGUUUGGCAAGAAAUUCAAGAUGUCCUUCGGUAGCAAGAAGGUUGCCCGCUCUACGUCUACAUCCGCGGAGAAACCAGUUGUGGAAGUCGAGAAAUCUGAAGGAUCCGAGGCUUCCGACGCUGCUGAAAAGGAGACUGACGACAGCUUUGCGGGUAUUAUCCAGAAGAUAAACGCCGAAUACGAGAAACAGCUGACCGAGUUCCCCGAUGAGCCACUGGCAAGCGGAGUCACGCCAAGCUUGCCGAACGAGGCGCCGGUCUUGAAGCCGCCCACGAUGACUACUGUAAUUAUCCAGGAGGAGACUUCUGGAGGAAGUGCCGAUUUGUAUCGGGGUACCGUAGGCACAGUUGGGGAGGACGCGAGCGCCAUCAUCGAAAGAGCGCCUAACUGGUUGGGAGAACUUCUGUUGAAGAAUAGGAUCCCGUUCAAAGAGCCGGUGAAGCUAUCGUUCAUCCUUCAGCCCUGGCAGGACUUACUUCCUGGCAUUGCUGGCCCAGAUGGAAAUUGCAGAUUGAACGCAAACAGAAUGCUUCGUGUUAAGAAAAUAUUGGCUUACGUCGCUGAACGCAUCGAAGCUUUACCUGAGAAUGCCGAACCGGAUGCCCUGAAGCCAGAAGAAUAUCUCGAGCUAUAUUGUUAUGAUCAGAAACUUCCCGUAACGAUGACUUUGGCCACACUUCGAGCGCGUAUUUGGAAAGGAGGCGCAGAUGUCAUGUUGUACUACAAGAGCAAUGGGCGGAAGGAGCUUAAACUUGACAAGGGCCCUGAGCCGCCGGCAGUUCCUGAAGCAACUCCGGCCCCCGCUGCACCUGAAGAGCCUUGAGAGGCGUGUAUCCUGUUCUAGCUCCCUGAUCUUGGGGAGAGCUACUUAUCAUGUCUAUAUGCCAAAGACGCGGGACGUGUAAUGACUAUCACCUCAAUGCUAUUCCUAUCAUUGCUUGCGCCAUCUAUAUGCAUUCCCGCCCAAUAAUGAUACAACUAUACACAUAUCCCAC